AAGAAGCAGCAUCCUUUGCCAACACACACGAGGGUCCAAAAUGGAGUAACGCUGAAGACAGUGCAAGACGGAUACCCCACUGAAUGUAAUUCCACAUUCAAAGAGACAUUUUCCCGUCGCAGCUGAAAACUCAAGACUACCACAAGCCACAGGAAAGAGGCUGUUGUUGUUCCUGCUGUUGAGCUAGCUGCACAGAACAGGAAACUACAGUAAAGAAUGGAGCCAUCAGAGCAGUCGGGCCCAGACUCUGGCUCUCAGGAUGUCAACCCUGUGUUCCUGCAGCAGCUCAGAGAGCUGGACAUCCCAGAGGAGGCAGCCAAACAGGCGCUCCUGCACACUCGGAACGUGUCUGCCGAGGAGGCGGCCAUGUACUACUUCAACAAGCUGGAGAAUGAGGAGGAGGGAGACGACGACCUCAUGUUCAAAAUGGUGUUUGUGGUGAACAUGGACCUCGCCAUGGGGGUUGGAAAGGUGGCAGCGCAGGUUGGCCAUGCUGCUGUAGGUUUGUACCAGGCUCUGCAGGAGAAGAACAGCUGGAGGGAGAUGGCCUGGAAGUGGGAUCACAGCGGAGCGAAGAAGGUGGUGGUCCAGGGCACCAACGUGGCUCAUCUACUGGAGCUGCAGGCCCUGGCCAUGAGCCUCAGCCUGCCCACUCACCUGGUCCAGGAUGCAGGCCUUACCCAGGUGGAAGCUGGGUCCCGCACUGUCCUGGCCAUCAUGGGCGAGGAGGAGAUGGUGAACAAUGUCACUGGGAGUCUGAAGCUGCUCUGAGAGUUUCAAAGCUACAGUGGGGGAGGCAUGGCUCUGCGGUGCCAACGUGCAACCAGCAGAGGGCAGCAUUUCCCAGCAGCAGGGAGAGUCUUGGCAUGCAAGAGUGUAACAACCUUUAAAAAAAAAGACCUAAAGAAAGAGGGAAAACAAGACAUGUCCCAACACCAGAAAACCAACACUCUUGGCCAUUUGUUUCCCUUUCAUUCUUUGUCUGAGCCGCUUAGUCGGCCAUUGCGAGCAAGAGGGGAGAGAGUCGGGUUCUUCACAGGGGAACAAGUCUAGGGCAGUUGUAUUUUUUUUCUGGGGAACUUUUCUGUUUUUUAAACAGGCCACCUACUUAGAAGAAAGUCUUAAUAUAAUUUUAACACAUUUUCCAACUCAUUUUGUCAGUUGUCCAGUUUCACAUAUGGCUAAAUGAAGUAUUGUUGGUGGUCGACCAAUAUUGCAGUUGUGCUUAUUCCAGGGGCGGUGUACUGUAGACUAAUGCAUUAUGUAAUUUUAAUUAUACCCAUAGCAGAUGUAGUCUUUCCCAGUUGAACUCAUUACUCCCCAGUGAAGGGUAACUUAUAAACUGAUAAUAUGUGAACACUCAUUUUUGACGUCUAAAUGAUUUUGUCUGUAUGCAACUCUCCUCCCAAAGAUCCCUAUCCUAUAGAAUCAAUAACAUUACUUAUUAUUGAUGAAUGGCUAUAUUUUAUAUUCAUAUGCCUGUUAGGGCCAUAUACUGUAUAAUCUGUGGUGUGCCACCUUAAAACAGUAUGCACCGUUACUGGACUUUAUUGUGUUGUUAUUUAUGCAGAAGGAAACAUUUUCUCAUAGGUUUUUGGAUUUAUUUACAGAAUUCGAUGGUGGCUGAGAAGUUCUGCAAAGCCAAAAUGUUACGUUAUGUUAGUUAAGGCCUGUGUUGGGCUUAACUUUAUGCACUCAAGACUGUCUAUAGGUGGGUAUUUACAAUUGUGAAUUUGAUCAACUUAAACUUGAGAGGGCACAGAUGAUUGUGUGUAUGCUAUUUGUUAUAGACUGGGUGAAUAGUCUCUUACACUAAUAAUAAUCUUAAUCCACAAGGAAUGAUGUGCAAAUUGUUGUUUGUCUAUGUUCUCACUAGCAGAUAUUUGUGGGCAUGAGCUGCCACUCCCUUAAUUCUCAGUGUAAUGUCAAUGAUUUUAUUUGUGACAGAAAUCUUGUCAAAGCGGCAGUGUCAUGCAUGCAAUAUAUGAGCUGUAUAUUUGAACCGAUCACGGGAAAUCCCAAUGUCAUAUCAAUUUUAGUAACAUGCCCACACUUUGAUACCUCCUGUGUUAUACAGUCGUUUGUGUGAGUGUUUCAGACUACGGAGACAAUAAAACGCCUC